AUGGCGACUUUGAAAGAAAUUUGCUCCGGAUUGCCUGUUGAUCCAUUGCCACCACCACCUCCACAAGAACGCGAUACCAGUGUUCCACAUGCGCCAGUUCGUAAAACUAACUUGACUUUUGAGGAAGAAAAGCUUGCAUUGAAAAAUGCCCUUCGUUAUUUCCCAAUCGAAUACCAUCCUGAGUUGGCUCCUGAAUUUGCCUAUGAACUAAAGACAUACGGCCAUAUUUAUAUGUAUCGAUUUCGUCCGGCUAUUCCAAUGAAAGCCUAUCCGAUUCAUGAAUAUCCAACCAACACGAAACAGGCUGCUGCAAUCAUGCAUAUGAUUAUGAAUAACUUGGAUCCCGAAGUAGCUCAAUUUCCGCACGAAUUAGUAACGUACGGGGGCAAUGGUCAAGUUCUGUCAAAUUGGGCACAGUUUUGGAUAUUGAUGUACUAUUUGGCGGAAAUGAAUGAAGAUCAAAUGCUGGUUAUGAAUUCUGGUCAUCCACAAGGACUCUAUCCAGCCUUUCCGGAUUCUCCAAGACUUGUUAUUUCGAAUGGCUUGGUUAUUCCUAAUUACUCUUCUCGUUCGGACUAUGAACGGAUGUUCGCGUUAGGUGUUUCAAUGUAUGGACAAAUGACUGCAGGAAGUUAUUCUUACAUUGGACCACAGGGAAUAGUUCAUGGUACAACGAUUACUAUUAUGAAUGUUGCUCGACGUCGAACUGGCACAUCUGUUAUGAGUGGAAAGGUUUUCGUCACUUCAGGCCUGGGAGGUAUGAGUGGCGCUCAACCCAAAGCUGCCGUAAUCUGUGGUUGUAUUGGUGUUGUAGCGGAGGUAUUCAAAGAUGCUUUAGAGAAGAGGCAUAAACAGGGAUGGGUGACUACCGUUUGCACGUCCUUGGAAGAUUGCAUAGCACGAAUAAGGGAGUACAAAAAAAAGGGAGAAGCUGUUAGCAUAGGUUUCCAUGGAAAUGUUGUGACUCUAUGGGAGGGACUUGCGGAAGAGUAUGAAAAAACUGGAGAAUUAUUAGUCGAUUUUGGAUCAGAUCAAACAUCUUUACAUUGCCCAUUUAACGGUGGUUAUUACCCAGUACAGUUAACUUUCGAAGAAGCACAGAAAGUUAUGGUAGAGAAACCCGACAGAUUUAAGACUAUGGUGCAAGAAAGUUUACGUCGUCAAAUUGCAGCAAUAAAUAAAUUAUCUGCUCAAGGUAUGUAUUUCUGGGAUUAUGGAAAUGCCUUCCUACUUGAAGCUGGACGUGCAGGUGCUGAUGUAUUUAAAGAAUUCUCCGAAGGCAAAUAUAAAUACCCAACUUACAUUCAAGACAUAAUGGGAGAUAUAUUUUCUCUUGGCUUUGGCCCAUUUAGGUGGGUGUGCACUUCAGGGAAUCCUGUGGAUUUAGAGAAAACUGACGAAAUUGCAAAGACUGUAUUACUUAAUGCAAUUGGGGAAGGAGUUCCAGAAAAUAUUCAGGAACAAUAUGAAGAUAAUAUCAAAUGGAUUACGGAAGCUGCAAAGCAUAAAAUGGUUGUAGGCUCGCAAGCUCGUAUAUUAUAUUCCGAUCUGAAAGGACGACGCGCUAUAGCAUUAGCUUUCAAUGACGCUGUUAAAACUGGAAAAAUCGAGGCUCCGGUAGUUAUUACCAGAGACCAUCACGAUGUCAGCGGUACGGACAGUCCUUUCCGUGAAACUUCAAAUGUUUACGAUGGUUCUUGCUUUUGUGCUGAUAUGGCAAUACAAAACGUUAUUGGAGAUUCUUUUCGAGGAGCGACUUGGGUAUCAAUUCACAAUGGCGGAGGUGUCGGCUGGGGAGAAGUUAUUAAUGGUGGAUUUGGUAUUGUCUUAGAUGGAACUCCCGAAGCUGAUGAGCACGCUGCAUCUAUGCUUAUGUGGGAUGUCUUAAAUGGGAUUUCCAGACGAAGCUGGACAGGUAACUCCAAUGCUGAAGCAACUAUAAAACUUGCUAUGAAAGAUAUUCAUAAUUUGGAGGUAACUGUUCCAUACCAUGUCAAAGAUCACUCAGUAAUAGAGUCAGCUUUAGAAAAGUGGCACAACGGCUAGAAUUCAUCAUCCUAUUUGCAUCACUAUAGCAUUGAGUUUGAUAUCACCAGAAAUUUGAACGCUUUAGCAUCCACAGCUUUAAAAAUUACGCCUGACAUACUAUUUUAUAACACCUAUCAUUGUAACUGAGCUACUCGAUGUUAUCUCAAAGUUACGCAGAUGGUUCGAGAUAAG